AUGUCUGUGAAGCUCAGCAGAGCUGGGUUUGCCCCUUCUUAGUCUCUCCGGAGUGCGGAAAAGAGAAGGGGGUGGAGGCUGCUGAGAGAGAGAGAGAGACAAAGAAAACCAAAACAGCCACAACUGCCUUCAAAGGUCGGUUUACCACCCAAGUGGAGUCGCAGUGGCUGCUGCCCAGAGCACAUAGGAGCCACCAGUGACACGAUANAAGCAGUUGGGGCUCAGAAAAGAUCUCCCUGGGCAGGAGCUAUGGCAUGGCCACCUCCCUACUGGCUCUGCAUGCUGGGGACCUUGGUAGGACUCUCAGCUACCCUAGCCCCAAACAGCUGUCCAGACAAACACUACUGGACUGGGGGAGGACUCUGCUGCCNGAUGUGUGAGCCAGGUACAUUCUUUGUGAAGGACUGUGAACANGACAGAACAGCUGCUCAGUGUGAUCCCUGUAUACCAGGCACCUCCUUCUCUCCAGACUACCACACCCGGCCCCACUGCGAGAGCUGCAGGCAUUGUAACUCUGGUUUUCUCAACCGCAGCUGCACAGUCACUGCCAAUGCUGAGUGCACCUGUUCCACAGGCUGGCAGUGCAGGGACCAGGAAUGUACAGAGUGUGACCCUCCUCUAAACCCUGCACUGACCAGACAGCCAUCUGAGNCCCCGAGUCCACAGCCACCACCCACCCACUUACCUCAUGGCACAGAGAAGCCAUCCUGGCCCCUACACAGGCAUCUUUCCGACUCAACUGUCUAUAGCCACCAGUCAUCCCGUAGACCCCUGUGCAGCUCGGACUGCAUCUGGAUCUUUGUGACCUUCUCCAGCAUGUUUCUUGUCUUNGUCCUGGGUGCAAUCUUGUUCUUCCAUCAAAGAAGAAACCACGGGCCAAAUGAAGACAGGCAGGCAGUGCCUGAAGAGCCUUGUCCUUACAGCUGCCCCAGGGAGGAGGAGGGCAGUGCCAUCCCUAUCCAGGAGGACUACCGGAAACCCGAGCCUGCUUCCUACCCUUGACCCGGUGCUGGGUGGGGCCCUUCCACAGAGACCUCGAUGGUGGCCUGCUCCCCUGUCAUGGUCAUCAGAACCCUUUCCUGUGAAUACUCAACAAACUGCCCUUCUGAGACCAACGGGGACAAGAGCAGNAUCCCAGUGUGUGGCCCAGAAANCUGGGGAGACUCAGGCUCUAGCUAUAAAACACACUUACUCUAAGUGAAACCGUCCAGCUGGCAAAACUACAUGCCAGGGGUAGAAAUGGCUCACCAAGGGCUCCAGAGGGGGCUUGGCAGUGAGGAGCACGAAGUGUUCCUCCAGAGGACCAGAGUUUGACUCCCAGCACUGUCGGAUGGAGCGAAACCAGCUGUAACUCUACUUUCAGAGGGUCUGACACCUUUGACCUCCUCUGGUAUCUACAAACACAGGACUCUCUCUCUCUCUCACACACACACACACACACACACACGAUGAAAAAUAAUAAAAGUGUUUUAAAAAGUGGAAUGAGCCACCGGCAGGUACCCAGGUGCCAGAAGGGCUGACUGCUGUGAGAGACACUAUCUACAGACACAGACUUCCUGGCCUUGGUUCCAUCUUCUCUGUAAGUUGUGACAGUGCUGUGGGAAAGCUGAGGCUCAGACUUUCUCUCAGUUGAGCUAAAACUAUAAAUAAAUUCAUUUGUCUACUUCUA